AGGCUCAUGCACGCGCAAGCGGGUGGGGUGCCAUGGACGCGGGGCAAGAUGAGGUAGCGAACCUGCUCGACAACGCCCUGGAGGCGGCUUCUGGGGCGGCUACUGACAGCAAGGAUACCGCGCAGGAUACCGCGAAGGACAGCGAGAAGGAUCGCGUUCAGGAGCGCGACAAGGACCGCGACCGGGACCGGGACCGCGACAGGGACCGCGACAAGGACGACGGCAGGGACCGACGCAGGGGUGAUCGCUCGCGGAGCCGCAGGGACCGCUCGCGGAGCCGCAGGCGCGGUCCCGUCCCACCGCGGCCGGCUGGUGGGAUUUGCGAGGCGACCCUACGAUGCGGCGCACUUCUCACCCAUGCUCGGCUGAACCUCUUCGUCUUCGCCAUCUGAGUGCCUGCGUCUGGCACGCGCGUGAUGGCGCUCUCUGGAUCGCUUCGAGAAUCUGCUUGCCCUUGCGGGAGCCUGGACCCCUGGCUAUACAGCCUGGCUGCCCCCCCGCACAAGAGGUGCUGCCGCACGGCCCAGAGCGUUCCGGGGACCGCUCCCAGAAGUUCCAGAGCGCUCUGGGAUCCACACUCCGCCCUC